CGCAAAUCUAACCUAACCUGAGCUUAAUAACAUAUAUACACGUACAGUGGUGUACACAUACUACGUGUUGUUUGGUAUUGUUUGUGUUUCCCAUAUUGAUAGAAAAAACAUUUUAAAAAAUUUAUUAAGUUUAUUAAAAAUGGCGUCAAAUGACAGAAUUCAUGAAAAAGUUUCUGAUUUAGCAAGACGGAUAACUUAUGGAGACAUCAAAGGUACUUACGAAAUAGUGGUAGCCACUAUUUCAGUUUUAAAGGAAGUCAUAAUAAACUCAGAGUGGAAUACAGCAAAAGUUUUAAUGGAAACUAUUGUCUUAAAUGGAAAACACAUUAUGGAGGCUGUUCCUUUUGAAUCUUCCAUUGGUCACAUGGUUCGAAGAAUACUACAAAUUAUCAGAGAAGAAUAUUAUUCAGAAUUAAAAAGUGAAUCAGAGGAAACAGAUAUACAAGAAUCUCUGCAUAAAAUCUUGACUUCUGAAACUGACAAAAACAUUGAUUUCAAUCAAGUAGUGCCUGCUCUUAAGUCAGCUUUGAUAGAACAUAUCAAUGAAUUUGAAACAGAACUGGAAACAUGUGCAGAAAAUAUAACACAGCAAGCUUCAGAACAUAUUCACUCGAAUGAGAUUGUGAUGACAAUUGGCAAAUCUAGAUCAGUUGAGAAAUUUUUCAAAAAAGCUGCUGAAACUAGAGCUUUUGAAGUUAUUGUUGUUGAAGGUGCUCCAUUCUUAGAUGGUCAUGAAAUGGCUGUAAAUUUAGCCAAAGCUCAGAUCAAAACUACACUAAUAUCAGAUGCAGCAAUUUUUGCCAUGAUGUCGCGUGUGAAUAAAGUUAUAAUUGGAACACAUACUGUUAUGGCUAAUGGAGGUCUUAGAGCAAUAACUGGUUCACAUACCGUGGCUCAAGCUGCAAAGCACUAUUCUGUGCCAGUAAUGGUUCUCUUACCUUUGUACAAAUUGUCUCCACUAUACCUGUGUUCUUAUGAACAACAUGCCUUCAAUAAACAUGUUUCACCUUUGCAAGGUGUAAUUAGUGGUAAUAAUAUUGCAUUGAUGGAAAAAAGUCAGUUUUUCAAUCCAGUUUUCGACUAUGUACCUCCAGAAUUGGUCACAUUGUUCAUAUCAAAUACUGGAGGAAAUGCACCAUCGUAUAUUUAUAGAUUGAUAAGUGAGCACUAUCACCCAGAUGACUACGAAUUAUGAAUAAUUAAAAAUAAUCGGUUUAAAAAAAAUUUAUAUUAUAUAAUUUUAAUAAAACUCUUAAACGUUG